ACCCAGGACAUCACUUCCUCCAUCCACAGUAGGUAUAGGUAUUGUCACGAGCGAAUCGCUGUGCCCUGCAUCGAACCCGUGGCAUCCCCUGGUUGACCACGUCAAUAGCUGUUUAAGCCUUGCCAACAAUUCCCACAGCGAACUGCGGAUUGCUCUCGUACAUCGAAGACCUAGCCAUCUUAUUUCUCCUGGCAUGGACGUAAAUUGAGGCGCGCCCUUGGAUUUAGCUCCAACGACAAUCCCCAACCUCGACCUCUCCUUGUCACCGCCCGACCACCGUCCUCGCUCCGCAAACGCCCCUCGAAAGCCGUGAGUGGCGCUGGACAGCGUCCUCUACGCAUGACGUCGUCAUCUGCCGAGUCUCCAGGAUGCGAACGUCCCUCGGGCGAAGAAAGUAAGCCUGCCUCCAAGGCAGGCAACCUCUCUCGAAAUGCGUCGAUAGAGCAAGAGCGCGAGAGUGGACAUGGGCAUGGGCCAGAACGAGACACGGAGCAGUCGCCUCUCCUCUCCCCUGCACGGGAAGGGGAUGGCUUCAUAAACGGGCACACGGUACGGGAACAGGUCGACGAGUACCAGACCACAAAGAGCGUGUGGUACCUCAUCCUCCUGACGAUAAGUAUCGGAGGUCUGCAGAUCGCCUGGUCCGUAGAGCUUUCAAAUGGCUCCCCGUACUUGCUGUCCCUCGGCCUGAGCAAGUCGUUGAUGGCUCUCGUCUGGAUUGCCGGGCCGCUCUCGGGCACCUUGGUGCAGCCGUACGUGGGCAUGCUGAGCGACAACUGCCGUGUCCCAUGGGGCAAGCGGAAACCAUUCAUGCUCGGCGGUGCGGCCGCCACCAUUGUCUCGCUCAUGUUUCUUGCCUGGACGAAGGAGAUUGUCAGUGGAUUUCUGGGCAUCUUUGGCGCCGACCCCGCGUCUGAAGGUGUCAAGGUCUGCGUAAUUGUUGUCGCCGUGCUCUGGGUGUAUAUCUUGGACUUUGCCAUCAACACCGUCCAAGCCGCCAUCCGCGCCUUCAUCCUCGACUGUGCUCCACCACACCAGCAAGAGGCUGCCAAUGCCAUGGCAAGUAGAAUCGUUGGUGUUGGCAACAUCAUCGGUUAUGUCGCCGGUUACGCGGAUCUCCCCGGGCUAUUCUGGUGGCUUGGAAAUACCCAGUUCAAAGGCCUCUGCGCCAUUGCCAGCUUUGCCCUCUUUGGCACCGUGGUUCUCAGCUGCCUGGUCAUUCGAGAGAGAGAUCCCCGGCUCGAAGGCCCCCCCGCCAAAGACAAAGCCGGCGUCCUGUCCUUCUUCCGCAAGAUCUUCACUUCAAUCAAGAGGCUUCCUCCUCAGACCAAGAAGGUCUGCGAAGUCCAGUUCUGCGCCUGGAUAGGCUUCUUCCCCAUGCUCUUCUACACGUCGUCGUACAUUGGCGAGAUCUACGCUGAGCCGUUUCUGGAAGAAAAUCCGAACAUGACACCCGAGCAGCUCCACGAUCUUUAUGAGGAGGCAACUCGGAUUGGUACCUUUGCGCUGCUCAUCUUCGCAAUCACCAGCUUGGCGACGAAUGUCUUUCUCCCCUUCUUCAUCGCCCCGACAUACGACAGCCAGCCGGUGGCAGAAGCCGCAGGGUCGGGCGAGGAUACGGCGUCUUUCAACGAUUACGAUGGUCCGAAGUCAUGGUUAGAACGUCUGGUCAUCCCUGGCUUCACUCUUCGUCGUGCCUGGAUGUACUCCCAGAUUCUCUUCUUCGGCGCCAUGAUCUGCACCGUCUUCGUGCGCUCGGUCGAGGUCGCAACCGUUCUCAUCGGUCUCGUGGGCAUCACCUGGGCCCUGACUCUCUGGGCGCCAUGGGCUAUUAUCAGUGCCGAGAUCUCCCAUCGCGAUGCCCUCCUCCGCUCCCAGAGGCAGCUCAGCUUAUCGCCGAAUCGCGGGGCAGUUGGCAACGCGCCAUCCCUGGACGGUUACUCGGACCAUGAUCGGGACAUUGACUCUCAGGAUGAUGCGGAGGAGACCGACCAGGCAGGUGUCAUUCUUGGCAUCCACAACAUGGCAAUUGCCGCGCCACAGAUCAUCGCGACUGUGGCGUCGAGCAUACUCUUCCGCAUCUUCCAGAAGCCCCGAGGCACCCCGGGGGAUCACAGCAUCGCCAUCGUCAUGGCGCUCGGCGGCGUCGCGGUGCUGGUCUCGGCGUGGUUCAUCCACUGCAUCCGGGACGAGCCUGUCGUCUCCUCGGACGACAUGGUUUCUGUCGAGGAGGCCGAACCGGCGGACAGAUCGAGCAGGUCUCGCAGCCAUAGCCGCAGUCGCAGCUAUGAGCAGCUGCCCCGCGCCAGCUUGGAGCGCGCGAAUCUGGUGAGAAACACCAGCUUUGGUGGUGCCGAGUACUAGGCGCCUCUUUGCGUGGCCGUAGCAUUGGUUCAUUAUGUUCAGUAGCAGCUGUUUAUAUGUUUAUGUCGAAGGUGGAAUUGGUCAACGGUCUCAGGCGUCAGUCCUUUGUGAUAUAGGAGUUGCUGAUUUUUGCAUAUUCAGGCAGUCAUGUUGGUCGCAUGUGUAUCGGCAUAGAUUGGUUGUUCAGAUCGUCUACCUAGAACCCCGUCAUAGGACAUGCCCAUGUCCGGCUAUGUCAAUAAUUCAAUUCAUCGAUGUUCCCAA